UCACUGACGCCUGGGACCUUAAGCCCCGAAGACGGAGAUGCCGGGCCUGGAGCAAUUCCGUAAUGGACCCGGUCUUUCUCCGAUGCGGCCGACGUACAGCCCCACCAAUCACAGAGUAACCCGCGGCGGGGCAGCUGGAUGACUAAACAGCCCCGCUAACCCCUCGAUGCGAAGCACGCAACGCUGUCCCACGCACACAUACGCACGCACUCCCACUCCCACUCGCCAGUCUCCCACUUCGUUCCCCCCCCGGCCUUGUUCGGAACCAAAACGAGAUAUUUUACCCCCCCAGAAGAGGGAAGUCUCAGUGUCAUUCUUAACCUUAGUCACGCAAUCCCCGACCGGAACACAGAAACUCCAAAACACACCCCUCAGCAACCAGAAACGUCCUUUUUCCCGUGUCGUCCCAAGAAAAACCCCCAAAGUCACUGUUCAAUCACCUUGUCCAACGACAUUUUUUUCAGCAAAAAAAAGGCAGAUCCCGUCAUUCUCCGUACCCCGUCCCCCUUCCGCCCGCUGCUGCGUUUUGCCCAGGCACCGACCGAACCGAUAGCCGCAUUCCGAGACACCGAACCCCUCAAGGAACAUCACGGAGCCCUCCCCGCCCUAUCCAUAGUCGAUACCCAUUCUCUCCU